AUGUUUUUGAUUACACUUUUCACUCUAUUUUCUUUCAGUUCUGGAGCUAACAUUUUAUUGAUGUUCCCUUUAUCGCCGAAGAGCCACGUCAAUUCAUUUGUGCCUGUGUUCAAGAAGCUCUCAGAGAAUGGUCACAACCUCACGAUGGUCACAUCUUACACGCAUAAUUCUCGUAUAGAGAAUUGCAGCUACAUAAUGGUGAGAAAUGUGAUUGAAGACUUGUUUGUUAAGAAACCGGACUCUAUUAAAGAUGUUAGUAAAUAUUCUAACCCAAUAUUAGCGUGGCCUUUUAUGAAGAGACUGCAAAUGGAUGUGAUAGAGAAUUGCCUGAAAGAAAAUUGUUUACGAGAGCUGAUGGAGGGAAAUUACGAAUUCGAUUUGAUGAUAUCCGAAUCGCUUUAUUUCUAUGAAGUAUUUAUUGCUUUUGGGCAUGUCUUCAAUGUUCCAGUGAUAAGCAUUGAUUCCCAUCCACCUUCUGCAUGGUCAUCUUACCUUACUGGGAAUGUCCAUCCAUAUUCUUAUGUCCCGAAUUUUCGGAUUCCAAUGACUGAUCGCAUGACGUUUAAAGAAAGGCUGAUGAACACUUUAAUCAACCUUCAAGAGAUUCUUGUGUGUCAUUAUUACAUACCAGAACAGGAAAGAAUAAUGAGGACCUAUUUAAGUUACAAUGGUACAUAUGAUUUCCCACCAUUGUUGGAUAUGCUUCAUAAUACUUCCCUCGUUUUAGUUGACGCCCACUUCUCUUUGGGUUAUGUUCGACCUUACCUUCCGAACAUAGUUGAGGUUGGAGGUAUGACAUCCCAUGGAGCCAGCGUGUUAAAUGAGGAGUUCCAACAGUUCAUGGAUGAAUCAGAACAUGGCGUCAUAUAUUUUACUUUUGGGUCUAUUAUAAAUGCAACAUUCCUGCCUAAAGAAGAUAUAGACGUUUUCGUAUCCGCAUUUAGACAAUUAAAGCAAAACGUUAUUAUGAAGUGGGAAUCAGACCAUUUCCCAAACAAGCCUAAAAAUGUCUUAAUAAAGGAUUGGCUGCCUCAAAAUGGAAUCUUAGCUCAUCCUAACUGCCGCCUUUUCAUUAGCCACGGAGGGAUACAUGGAUUGACUGAAGCAAUAUACCACAAAGUACCUCUUGUUAUGAUACCCUUUGGCUCCGACCAGUUUUCCAAUGCUUAUUUUGCAGAAACAGAAGGAUUCGCCAAAGUUUUAGAUUACAAAAAUCUUACAGUUGAGAAUUUAUUGAUUGCUAUCAAUUCAGUCCUUGACAAUUCCGAAUUUAAGGAGAACAUAGAAAGGAGAUCUAUGAUUCUGCAAGACAGAGACCAAAGCUCUUUGAAGAAAGCCGUGUAUUGGGUCGAGUAUGUCCUGAAGCAUAAAGGAGCCAAGCAUCUCAAACCAGCUUCUUUAUAUUUAAAUAUCUUCCAAUAUUUUUUGUUGGACGUGAUUGCAGUAAUAAUUUUAUUUAUAUUGUUAUGUUGUAGCAUAGUAUUUUUCUUUUUAUAUGUAUCGAUAAAAUUUGUAAAACGAUGUAUUAGAAGUUCAAAACAAAAACGUGAUUAA